CCCAGUCUUUUGCAAAGGAAGAAUUCUGCUAUUACACAUUCAGUGUGUGUGUGUGUGUGUGUCUCUUUAGACAGGAUAGCAGGUUUCCCAUCUUCAUUUUGUCAAGGCUGGCUGUUCAUGGACAUGGACCUUCGUCUACUAUCACUCCUGUUGUUCUGUGUCUGCAGACAAGGACUAACUAAUGGAGAAGUGUCAAAUGAUGCUCCAAUCCCUCUGGUCCCUCUCAUCCCAUUGAUGCCCAGCCACCCUAAAGAGGAAUCAGGGACUUCUGCCCCCAGGACACAGGAGCCUCAAAACACAAGUCCCACCUCAUAUACGAGCAUCACUCAUCCCGUCGUGACGGCCAGUGCCCUGGGCGGGGGCUCAUCCGAGGAGGAUAAUCAGGGGCAGGAUGGGGGUUGUAGGGCCCAGGCUCGCAGGCCAAAAUCCAGGCAGGCCUUAGCUGGUGCCAUCCAGAGGCUGGGCAUGAAGCUUUUGGGCCAGAUGAAAACAGGACCUGAGCAGCCCAAUGUCAUUAUAUCCCCCCUCAGCAUAUCCCUGGCACUCUCCCAGCUGGCUCUGGGAGCCAUGAAUGAGACAGAGGAGCUGCUCAUGCUCCAUCUCCAUGGAGACACUCUGCCCUGCUACCACAUGUCUCUACACUACUUCCUGGAACGCCUCCGCAAGAGUGACCUGCAAGUGGCCGCACGCCUCUACCUGCAACCAGGGUUUGAGCCCAAACCAGAGUUUAUUCAUCAGUCUCAGGAUGUAUAUGACUCAGAGCCAGUGACUUUGGAAGGGCUGGCUGAGGUCAACGAGUGGGUAGAGAGGGCCACAAAUGGAAAAGUGACUGACUUCCUGACCAGUUUGCCGCCCAAUCUGCUUCUCAUGCUCAUCAAUGCUGUCCAUUUCAAAGGAGAAUGGAAGGCUCGCUUUGACCCACGAUUUACCUCCAAAGAUGUCUUCUACAUUGACGACAAGCACAUGGUCAAUGUUGACAUGAUGAUGGGGCCCAAAUACCCCUUAAGUCUGCUCAUUGAUAAUGAUCUGGAAGCUCAGGUGGCUCGCUUCCCCUUCAACAAUCAGAUGAGCCUGCUGAUAGUGAUGCCCAUGAAUGGCCAGGUGAACGUAUCAGCCCUCGCAGCAAAGCUCAACAUUUCUGACCUGUACAACCGCCUGCCCAGAGAGAGACCCAUGCAGGUCAAGCUGCCCAAAUUCAAACUGGACUACAGCCAGGACCUGCAGGAGGCUCUGACCAACAUUGGUAUGGGGGAGUUGUUUUCUAGUCCCAACCUGGCAGCCAUAGCUGAGGGCCCUCUGCUGGUGUCCAGUGUGCAGCACAAGUCCAGUAUGGAGAUCACUGAGGAGGGAGCAGAGGCUGCUGCAGCUACCAGCCUGGUCAUCUCACGGUCCAACCCCUCUUUUACUCUCAACCAGCCCUUCUUCUUUGCCCUCAUGGACGAUAAGACACAAGCACCAAUCUUCCUGGGCGUCAUCACCAACCCUAACCCUGGAGCUCCUGCUAUGCAGAGUAGUGGAGGGUCUGCCAACCUAGAUAAAGUACGGUUCCCCAUUGAUGACAAGCAUUAUCACCACUCUUUUGGUGGGCCACCCAAGUAAGCCGAAGCCUCAUUCACUGUGGGGAGAUUGAGACCAUUAUCUAUUGACCUUGAACUGCACUGCUGUCUGUCAGAGAGGAAGCAAAUCCAGAUGAGCAACUCCAAUGCAUGACCACAGUCCAAUGGUCAGCUGGAUUGAAAUGCAACAAUUGUUCUAAGUGUGUCAAAUAUAAACAAGCAACAGUUGUUUUUCUUUUAUUUUAAAUACACAACACACUGAGGUGCCCCACAUUCUCAAAUGAAGUUUACUGCUGAUUAAAAAUACUAGUAUUUCUAUCUGAUGUUUUGGAUUAAAUGUAUCAUGAAAAUGCAA